CUGGACCUUUGUUCCCUAGUUAUACUAGGGUAUUCAGACGAUGGUGAUGAUCCAAAUGCUGACUCCUGCAUUGACCCAGUGCUCCGUGAUGACAUACAAAAUGCGUUGAACAAGGUUACUGACCAUUCAUGCAAGGGUAUCGUGAAAGCUCUACUUUUCAACCUCAAUCGACCUGGUUGGGCUGUAAACUGCGUAGAUUUUGGUGCAGCUAGCCUUGACGGCAUCGUACAGGAUAUGAACUUCUGCGCUUACAUCGGAGUUGUUUCGCCGUAUUUGUACGAUAUUCGCAUGGGAAAGAUUGAUAUGUCGUAAAA